ACGUGCGGGUACCUCAAGUCCACGUAGCCGGAUCCGUUAAUGGGUGGGCCAAUUUUAUCCGUUUAUCUCAUCUCCCGCUAUCUGCAACUGUUUCCCUAGAAAAUGGUAGUUCCUGCUUUUCAAAUCUGUACACAGUUUCCGGGUCUCUUCGGGUUUAGAAGACUACAGGGUCACAAAACCAAAGGAAUUCAAGGUUGCUGUGCAAAAGAACUUGGAAUACAAAUUGCCUUCUUUUGUAGAUAAAAUGGAGCCAAGACGGUCAAUUUUGCAUCUGAUAGGAGUUAAUCUCAUCUUCAGAAAUGUGUGUGCCGUUCUAGCUGCACCAGUGCAGGAGAUGCAAGAACCUGAAGUGAUAAGGACUCUGAAGCUAGGAAAUGGAGUGAGGAUACAAGACAUCCUUGAAGGGGAAGGAAAAGAAGCUCAAGAGGGCGAUGUAGUAGAAUUUAAUUAUGUAUGUCGGCGAUCGAAUGGAUACUUUGUUCAUAGCACUGUGGAUCAAUUUAGCGGAGAAAGUGCUCCAGUUGUAAUUUCGCUGGAUGAUAGGCAGAUGAUAAAAGGUCUGAAGGACGUAUUGAUAGGAAUGAAAGCUGGAGGGAAGAGAAGAGCACUGGUACCUCCUUCUGUAGGAUAUAUUAGCGAAAAUUUGCAACCAAUUCCUGAAGAGUUUGGUCCUCGACGUAGCCUUUUGUCUCAUGCAAAGGAGCCUUUAGUUUUUGAAGUCCAGCUCUUGAAAGUAUUAUGAGUUUGUUUGUUUGUUUGAUAUUCGAAUAUUUCUUGAAAUGCCAAUUACCUGAAAAAAUGUGUAGCUCAAAAUAAAAAUAAAAAAUGAAGAUGAAAAUUGUUCCCUCCUGUUAGCUUGUCAAAUUCAAUUUUGGUGAUUAAAGUGAGUGUUUUCUGCA